UUAUCCUCAUGUAAUAUGAGCGUCAACAAAAUGUUUCAUCUUUUCAUAAAGAUCGAUUCGAAUCGUUCGACUUAACCUCGAAGUUAAGCAGGCGAUAAUGGAUGACAUAAUAUACGUCAAAGCGUCUAUCGGAUGAACGAAAGAGGAUGAAACGACCAGGAGGGUUCAGAAAAGAAACUGAAUUCGGCCGGCGAUAUGGGAAAGCGGAUCUUGAUCGAGUUGGUUUCUUCGAUGAUAUACCAAAUGCUUCGGAAGAUCCGUACGGUCCACCGGCCGUGAUACGCGAGGAUGUUGAAAAGGGUCGUCAGUUGCUUUCCGGUCCACCCUAUGAACUUUUCGAGAAAGAAUUCCAACGAAUUUUCGUGGGGGAAGCACUCACUAAACCAAUAUCGCAGGUUAAACAUAAAAAAAUCAAGAUAAUAGAAGGUCCACCCUUGAUACCACCAUCACCUUCGAAAAAGCAUUCAACCCCUGGUGACUCAUAUGGGUGUUUCAGCAAACAACCGACUUACUUCAGUCCUGUAUUAAGAGCCAAGCCAAAAAGAGAAAGGGAAGAGCCGAAUUUCAAGAUAAAGCCUGGGAAACUCGGUGGACCGGGAUAUGCGGAUAUUUGCUUCAGUCCUUAUCCCACUUAUGCGCACGAGCCCUACGAUCCCUGGAAAAGAAAGGAUAAGAGAAAGGAAGACCGUUCUACGUGCUCAACGUGUUUGGCCCUUUCGGUAGCUGUAAUUAGGUCACGCUGCGUCGCGUCGCUUACCAGAUUACAUUCAUUAAACGUGAAAGAGCUUGAGUGCGGUCGAAAUGAAUAGUACAAACUAAAAUUCUCGCUAUCGAGGCUGCGAAAAUAAAAUGAGGUACCCGAUGUAAGAGAUUAAAAAACCAAAAAAAAAAAAGAAGAACAAAUGGAAAAAGAAAGGGGAAGUAAAACCGAAUAAAGAAUAACAGAAAGAAGAAGAAGAAGAAGAAAAAAAGAAGAAGAAUAAAUAAGAGGAAGAAAGGAACAAUACUUACUUACGACCGUACUAAUACGAUAUAAGAAAGAGAAAGAGAAAGAGAAAGAAAAAGAGAAAGAGAAAAAGAAAGACGAGAAAUAGCAGUGGAUUAACGAAAAGUCGUUAAAAAGACGACGAUUACAUGUGCUCUUUGCUAAGAGAUUAAAAUAAAUGUCGGAGGAUGCUGCUCAGCAUCCACGAUGUGGAUCUUUCGCACCUAAAUUCUCGUCCUUUUCUUUUUCAUCUAGGGUACAUCCAUUUCUUUCUCUUUUUAAGUUCCCUUUUCUUUUUUUAAAUCAUACAUACAUAUGUACGUA